AUGGCGGUGGAUUAUAGUGAAGUUUUAGAUUUCCUUGAAAAACUUAAUAAAUCAGAGAUAGUGAUACAAAUAUUAAUCAUUAUCUUUGCAAUCCUGGGCAACACUAUGGUUUUGGUUGCGACUUGGAGAGAAAGAAGUCUUCAUGAACCAAAUAAAUAUUUUGUUGCUUGUCUGGCUGUCGCUGAUCUUUUGGUUGGAAUGAUUUUCGCCCCACUUCGGUUGUAUCAACUUGUGAACAUAGAAAAUGGAGGAACGACGUCUAUUUAUUUUUGCCGUUUUUACUUUUGGAUAGAUAACUUUUUGCAAACAGCAUCUAUUUAUAUACUGACGUUCAUCAGUUUUGAUCGAUACCUCAAAAUCAGCAAGCCGCUUCAGUAUAAAUCACGCAUGACAACUUCCACAUUACUGAAAAUAAUUUUCAUCAUCUGGCUAAUUACAGCUACCGUUGCGACUUUGGCCAUGUUUCCCUAUGCAGAUAGUCCUAGUAUUUAUGCAGGAGCUCAAUGCAUUUUUAUGAAUAGAAUCUUUCAUACUAUUGGCGCCGUUAGCGCGUUUUUUCUACCCACGACAAUCAUGCUGGUUAUGUACACUCUUAUUUUUCUUGUCGUUCAUAAACGACAAAAAAUGCUGCGAAAUGGUGCACUGGGCGAAACUUCCAACAAUCCGAACCAGCGAAGUGCCUUGCUUCGAAAUCUAAAAGUGAUCCGCAUGUUGCUCGUUGUCGUGGGCGUGUUUAUAGUUUGCUGGGGUCCUUUUUUCGUAUGGUUGAUGAUCUUUUACUAUCAAAAGAAAGAAACAUUUUGGCUCUCAUUGACGUAUUGCUAUGAACAUUCCUGCAAUAACAUGGUAUAUUUUGCAAUGGUUCUUUGGCAGCUAGUGACCAUUCUUCCG